AUGGGAGGAAGACGCCGGACAGCCAUGGACCGCCGUUGGCGUGGAAGUAUCGCUAAAGAAUGGAGUCGAGACAAGAGGGUGGAGGGUGGAUCACGUGGAGCAGAGGACAGACCCAUUUCGAUCUGUGCAGAAGCACCAGGAAUUGCCGACGCGGAACGGACGGACGGAGAGAUGAAGAUCUUCUGCCCGAUCUGCAAGUGGCUCGUGGUCAGCCUGCCCGCCCUGGAGGACCACAUGAAGCGGCACAGGGGGUGGACGGAGCCCACGCUCUUCCAGUGCCCCCACUGCCCGUUCAACACGGACACGCUGAAUGUCUUCAUCGGCCACCAGGCGACACACGACGCGCGCGAGUUUCACAAGUGCGCCAAGUGCGGCAAGGUGUUCAUCGACGUCAAGGUCUUCCGCGAGCACCAAGCGGCGCACGCCGAGGAGAAGCCCUACAAGUGCACCGAUUGCGAACUGGCGUUCAACCACUCGGAGGAUCUUCACGAGCACCAAAAGACGCACGCCGGCGGCAAGCCCUACCACUGCACCGUCUGCGGGAUGGAGUUCAUGCGCGAGGUGCAGCUCUGCAACCACCAGAGGAUCCACACGGGCGAGAAGCCCUAUGGGUGUGCCACGUGCGGAAAACGGUUCGCUCUCUCGGGGACGCUCGUCAUCCACAACAGGAUCCACACGGGCGAGAAGCCCUAUGGGUGCGCCACAUGCGGAAAACGGUUUGCGCACUCGGGGACGCUCAUCAUCCACAACAGGAUCCACACGGGUGAGAAGCCCUACGUGUGCACCACAUGCGGAAAGGCAUUCGCCUACUCGGGGGCCCUGAGCGUGCACAGGAGGACCCACAUGGGCAAGAGACCCUACAGGUGCACGGUGUGCGCGAAGGCGUUCGCGUAUGCGGGGACCCUCUCCACGCACAGCAGGAUCCACACAGGAGAGAGGCCGUACAGGUGCACGGUGUGCGCGAAGACGUUCGCUCGCUCCCACACGCUCGUCGUCCACAAGAGGGUCCACACGGGAGAGAGCGCCUGCGGCGAGGGCGCCGAGGCGUUGACGCCGUCGGGCGGCUCCCCCGGCGCCGGAAGCGCGGACGCGGCGGACGGAGGGUGCGUGACGAGGCGGAAGCGUCGCGAGUGCAUCGCGCGCAAGGUCGCGACGGCCGCCCUACCGGAACCACCUGACUCUGGGGGUGAGCGCGCGACUUUCCCCGGAGAGGCGGCGGCGAGCCCUCCUCCUCCCGCGCCCGCCGCGUUGGAAGAAGAACGCCGGGAAAAGCCCGCCGGCUUUGUCGGGACGCGCCCGCGGGUAAUGAAGGCGGAGAGCGGAGGCGGAGGCGGAGACGUGUCCUCGGCGAAAGUGAAGGAGGAACGGGAAGGGGACGUCGGAGGCUUCGAGGCGUGGCCGGGGGUGAAGGUGGAGCCCGCUGGCGAGGUUGUUCCGUGCCGCCUCCCCUCCCUGCCGAUCGUGAAGCGGGAGCACGAGGAUUGCCAAGGGAGCGAGACGGAGCAGCGGGUAAAGUUGGAACGCGGAGCUCAGGACUCCUCCGUCUUCCUGUUGAGUGUGAAGCAGGAACCGGAGGAAAUCCCCAGUUGAGACUCGGCUGAGGGGAAGGGGUCUAGUUAGAACUCGGAGCUCAAGAUCGCUCGGUCUCCUUGUCGGUCGCGAAACGGGAACUGGAAGGAUGAGGCCCUCGUUUGAGAAGCGAUGUCGAGGUCGAUGCGAACGACGUGGAGAUGGGAGGAAGACGCCGGACAGCCAUGGAACGCCGUUGGCGUGGAAGUAUCGCUAAAGAAUGGGGUCGAGACAAGAGGGUGGAGGGUGGAUCACGUGGAGCAGAGGACAGACCCAUUUCGAUCUGUGCAGAAGCACCAGGAAUGUGAGUGUGCGUGUCCGUGUGUGUAUGGGGAGCGGUGGUGCAGCGGUUAGCACUACGCUGCGCUAAGAACCCGGCGACCCGAGUUCGAUUCCCGCUCACGGCCAACACCGGGGACGAUUAUCUGAGCCUCCCCUAGGUCGACACGGCAUGAAAUGAGUACCUGGUGCGAUGUGUAAUCAUUGUCGCUGGGGAGACAAAGGCGGCCGGGCGUGGUUGCUGGCCUUCAUAGGUGCUGCCUAAUGGCACUUGUCCAAACAGUCUGUUACGGGCUAUACGGGGGAUCUUUGUAUUUUUAUCGUAUGUUCAACUUCUUUCGCACCAUACGUAGCCAACCGUGCUAAUUGGAGGUGCGAUGUGUAGCGCGGAAGUUUAUUUAAAAAGAAUUUGGCCUCCGCGGCCGAUGCAAACAUUUCCACAUGGGACUGCCCAGCCACCCCUGGUGACAAAAACGCAUUCAAUUUUCUCUCUCUUGACCUCUCGAUCUCUAAACACCACAUAUACUAAAAUAAUUC